CACGCACACACACACACACACACACACACACACACACACACCCGGCGCGCACAGACACGCUCCCUCCCUCCGGCGCGCUCUACCCCUCACUCGCCCGCCCGCCCGCCGCGCACGCAGCCGGCCCCGGCUCCUCGCGCCCCGCGCUCCGCGCCCCGCCGCCGCCGAGCGAAGCCGGGCUGGGCUUGGAGCUGCUCAUGGAGAAAGUGCCGGGCGAGAUGGAGAUUGAGCGCAGGGAGCGGAGCGAGGAGCUGUCCGAGGCGGAGAGGAAGGCGGUGCAGGCUACGUGGGCCCGGCUCUAUGCCAACUGCGAGGACGUGGGGGUGGCCAUCCUGGUAAGGUUCUUUGUGAACUUCCCAUCGGCCAAGCAGUACUUCAGCCAGUUCAAGCACAUGGAGGAGCCCCUGGAAAUGGAGCGGAGCCCCCAGCUGCGGAAGCACGCCUGCCGGGUCAUGGGGGCCCUCAACACUGUCGUGGAGAACCUGCACGACCCCGAGAAGGUGUCCUCUGUGCUCGCCCUCGUGGGCAAAGCCCACGCCCUCAAGCACAAGGUGGAGCCCGUGUACUUCAAGAUCCUCUCUGGGGUCAUUCUGGAGGUGAUCGCCGAGGAAUUUGCCAAUGACUUCCCAGCCGAGACGCAGAGAGCCUGGGCCAAGCUUCGUGGCCUCAUCUACAGCCACGUGACAGCUGCCUACAAGGAAGUGGGCUGGGUACAGCAGGUCCCCAACACCACCAUGCUGGAGCCAGGAGAAUCACAAGGACAUGUGCACAUGCAUACACAUGCCCAAGCCCACACGGGGUCUGUGGGGGUGUCCCUCUCACGCACACCAGUAGGGGGGGUUUACUUCUGGGCUGACCCUGGAGGCCGGGUUCCCAGUUCUGGAGUGAGGGCCUGGGAGAUGGGCUCGAGGAGGGUGGCCGGCCUCAGUGACUCCAGCUGACUGGGAGCAUGAGGGGAGGGCUGGCCCCCAGACGUGGCGGCUGGGAACGCUCCGGCCUCCCUGGGCCCCCAAGGGGCGGCUGGCUCUGGGAGCUCAAUGGAGGGGGAGGCAGGGCUGGAGUAGGAAGGAGAGAAAGGAGCAGAGGCGGGAAUGGGAAGCAGAGGUCAGCCAGCGGCUCAGGACACGCGUUUGUAGAGAAACAUUCCCAGCAGUUUCCCAUGGAAAAGGCGGGUCUCCUUCCCGGGCUCCCAGCUGGCCCACGGAGCCUGCUGGACCGCCUGCUCACAGGCCUCGGAGCAGCUCUGCAGAGGAGGUCCCCCGAGGGCAGCCCUGGGAGGCCAGGCCUCCUGACCUUCCUGCCGCUGACCACACUGGGCCCGGCUUGCUCCUGCUCCCUUCCCCCGCAUCGGCACCACCCCAGGAGAGCGGAGUCCCAGGAACUGCUGGCUGCAGCCAGGCGCAACUCCAGAUGUGCACAGCUGGGCCCUGACCUGCCUCAGACCCCGGUGGAUGGGAAGCAGGCAGGAGAUUUUUACCUGCCGGAGAAGGUGCUGGCAGAGCCAGGAUAGCUGCCGGAAGCAGUGAGAGGGGCCAGGGAGGGGUCAGUGGGGGGAAGGGGGCUCGCCCUCCCACGCCUCUCCCCAGGCAGGCUCUGCGGCCAAAGAUGAGUUUGUUUACAGCCAGGAGACAAGACUUCCUGCUUCUAGAGAAAAGGGCUUUUUUUACAGGGGCCUACAGGGACUGGAGAGAGAGAGAGCUGGCCAGCACAAGCCCCAGUGAAUCAGAAACACAUGGACAACGUUUCCCGACACCAAGCCCCAUCCCCUCCCCUCUCUUGUCCCAGCUGGACCCCUGGGACUUAAAUCUCGGCAAACCCCAAACAUUAGGAAACCGAGGAAAUCUCUUCAUCUGCCCAUUUCUGCUCCUUGUGCACUGAAUGGAGAUGGGCGACAGCAGGGACUGCCCAGGGCCUUACUCCCACCUGGGCCUGGACGCCUCACUUUUGGGUUACCCCCCAGCUGUGAAGUCGUGGGGAUUGUCCCCUCAUCCCUUUGCACACUCUCCCCCACCUCUGGUCCCCUGAGGGCAUGGGUGCGGCCCCCAAGAAGGCAUGUCUGCCUGGGCCUGGGCCUACAGA